AUGAGUUUAUUGGUAGAUAUCGUUGAUAUUUUGUGUUAUUUACCAUAUCCAGAAGAUUGUCGAUGUAAAUUUAUUGAAGCAUUAAAAGAGUAUUAUAAUGGUAAAGAAGCAGAACUAACAGUUCUAAAAACAUUUGAACAAGACUAUAGAUCGGACAAAGCUAUUUGGUGGUAUACACGUGACAAUUUUGUUCAUCGUUUAUUAAAUCGUGCCUUACGGCAACACAAUAUUGAAAAUUUAGAUGGACCAUUAACAGUAUACCGAGGACAGUUUAUAAGACGCGACGAAAUCAAGAAGAUUAAAGAAUGUGACUAUGAUACGGCAUCAUCAAUUGUAAACAAUAGUUUCUUCUCAGCGACCACUAAUCGUGAUUUAGCGUUAUUGUAUACAAAUCAAUCACAACCUGACGAUGAGAUUCAGUGUGUUUUAUUUGAAAUUGAAAUUGAAACUGAUGCUCGCCUAACAUCUCGUCCUUACGCUGAUAUUGCUGCUUUGAGCAACUUUCCAGAGGAAUCUGAAAUAUUAUUCAUGAUCGCAACAUAUUUUGAGAUCGAACCCGAUGAUUUUAAAUACGAUGAUGAUAAAAAAAUUUGGAUAGUUAAACUGAAAUUAGCAGAUGAUGAUCAUGUAAAAGAUGAUCGAGAAUUUGAAAGUGCAAGCAAGAGAAAAACACUGAAAAACUGUGUUAGUAUAUUUGAAGAUGUUCUUUACAAGGAGUCAUCUGACGUCAGAAUUACAAUAUUCAAUGAAUUGAUUAAUUUAUAUCCAUUAGAAAAAUGGCUUUCUGACAUGAAAGAUUAUUAUCUUGGUCGCUAUCCUGAAAAACAUAUAGAAGAAAUCUACGCUUCGGUGUUAUCAACUCGUUCUGACGUAUUGACAAUGUGGUUUGAAUACAUCAAUGAUACAGAAUUAAAUUGCUACGUCGAUAUUGGUAAAAUUUACAAAGGUAUUGGUGACUGUUAUCCAGAAGAAUUAGAUGAUGAAAAUGCGGCUACAAAACAUUAUGAUCUAGCUAUUAAGUAUUUUCAAUCAGCGAUUGAAAAUACUGCGACGGAUUAUGAAAAGAUAGAGAUAUUCGAUCUGUUAAGUGAUGUGUAUCGAAGCAAGAUGGAAAUCAGCAAUGACGAGAAUGAACAAAUACAAAAUUGUUUACUAGCCAUACAUAACAUGCAACUAAGUAUUGAAAACUUGUUAGUACAUCGUUCAUCUGAUUAUUACGGUAUUGCCAAUCGGAGUGAAGAAUUAGCUGAUCUUCAACAAGCGAUAUCUAAAUAUGAUGAUGCAUUAACUAAUUAUGAAAAAGCGAUUGAUGCUCAUAGGAAACAGUUUGAACCAAAUUUACGCUGGAUUAAAGCUAUUUAUGAAAAAAAUAAUUCGAAUUUAUGA